AUGGAGUCCAACCUUGACUCUGUCGGCAGCGCCAAGUUCAUCAGCGUUGCAGACGUCCAGUCAGCGUACUGGCAGAUUCCUGUUCAUCCUGACCACGUCGAAAGGACAGCCUUUGUCACCAACUCUGGCAAGUACUGUUACAAGCGGAUGCCGUUUGGUGUUUGCCAAAACGCCCUCAUCAAGGAUAAGUGCAACUCGCGCUCCUCGCUUUUGGACGUGGCGAAGUACUUUUCGGGCAUCAUCUGUUCCCAGAAGGAUGCCGCCAUGCUGCGAGACGCCAUCGACCAUCUGCCGCCUAAUCGGAUGGUGGCUCCACCAGCGACCGCUUUCAAAAGUGUGCUCGAGUCCUGCGAGUUCUCCAUCGCGAGCUGGCCGCGGCGGUUCAUGGAGCAAGAGAUGACCGCGGCCAUCAUGUUUUGCCAGAUGGGUGGUGGGGAGGUGGAUGGACCAGAACGCGCGGCAGCUUUGGGGCGCACGUUCGAGUACAUCGAGGACAAGCUUUGCGACGUAGGCCUCCCUACAAUAAAACAGCUGGAAACGCCAGACCCUUCCUCGGUCAGGGGGAAGUCAAAUGCCCCAACCGCAGGCGUCUUGUUGAUGGCGUCGAUCACCGACCAUAAUAUCUGGUACGUGGUCGGCACCGACAAGCCAAACAUGAGGGCAACAUCCCAGUAACUAGCACCAGCCAGGAUCCUCAACGCCACGGCAACGCGGACUUCUACAGCUAUGGCGCCGUUGAUUGGCGAUCGCAGUGCUGUGGGGUUGCGGAGCGACGCGCAGAUAAUUUUCGUAGGAUGAGCGUGUGUCGGUCUGGAAAUAUGUACCAGUGUCAAAGGGGGCGUGUUUGCAAUCGCCAGCGUCAAAGGACGCAUGUCAUCGUUAAACUCGCCAGAGUACCGGCCCAAUACACCUCCCGACUAGGGUUGUGAGACGGCUCUGUGUUCUUCACCGAACACACAACUAACCUCGCAUAUGCAUAUGAGGAGCACGUGUCGACUUUUGUACGCUAUCAUUGGGGGAUGCGACAACCUGUGUAGGCUCCCGACGAGGCAUGUAUAAUGUUUAGUGGUGCCGGCGUGUGUUGCACGCUCUAUCCAUACUGCUGAACUUAUUUCAGCGUCACCAUAGUACCUUCCUGUCGUUCCCAUACAACGACUGCUGCUGUAUGCAUAGCAGACACUG